GGACCUAUCCGUAAAACCGGGAGACAAAAUGACGGUAACGCCCCUAGGGGUUUAGCAGAAAGACCGUUAUGUCCCCCAGCGCUCCAAAGAUUCUCCCGCAAGCUUCUCCGGCCGAAAUAUUUCAAAAACACCCGCCAUUGUCUUCUUCCUCCCCCUUUAAAUUCACGUCCCCAAACCCUAGCCUCUCUGCAACUGUGCGAUUCCUUCUUCUCUCUUCUCGCUCUCUAUCUGAUCCAAUUGAUUGGUUGAUUGAUUGAAGAAGAAGAAGAAGAAGAAGAGGAUGCCUUCGAUUCCUGAGGAGCCUCUGCUGGCCGCGAACUCCGACAGGUUCUGCAUGUUCCCAAUCAAGUAUCCCGAGGUGUGGGAAAUGUACAAGAAGGCGGAGGCCUCCUUCUGGACGGCGGAGGAGGUGGACCUCUCCCAGGACACCCGCCACUGGGAGAAUCUAACCUCCGGCGAGCGCCAUUUCGUCACCCAUAUCCUCGCUUUCUUCGCCGCCUCUGACGGGAUCGUCCUCGAGAACCUCGCCGCCCGGUUCAUGAAGGAGGUCCAGAUCUCCGAGGCCCGCGCCUUCUAUGGCUUCCAGAUCGCCAUUGAGAACAUCCACUCCGAGAUGUACAGUCUGCUCCUCGAGACCUACAUCAAGGACUCCGCCGAGAAGGACCGCCUGUUCCGGGCGAUCGAGACCGUCCCCUGCGUGAAGAAGAAGGCGGAGUGGGCCAUGCAGUGGAUCGACGGCUCCGAGUCGUUCGCGGAGAGGGUGAUUGCAUUUGCCUGCGUGGAGGGGAUCUUCUUCUCCGGGAGCUUCUGUGCCAUCUUCUGGCUGAAGAAGCGGGGGCUGAUGCCGGGGCUCACCUUCUCGAACGAGCUGAUCUCGAGGGACGAGGGACUCCACUGCGACUUCGCCUGCCUGAUCUACUCCCUCCUCCGGUCGAAGCUCAGCGAGGAGAAAGUGAAGUCGAUAGUGCGGGACGCGGUGGAGAUCGAGAGGGAGUUUGUAUGCGACGCGCUGCCGUGCGCGCUGGUGGGGAUGAACGGCGACCUCAUGGGGCAGUACAUAGAGUUCGUGGCGGACCGGCUGCUGGUGGCGUUGGGCUGCGGGAAGGUGUACGACGCGGCCAACCCCUUCGACUGGAUGGAGCUGAUAUCGCUGCAAGGGAAGACCAACUUCUUCGAGAAGAGGGUCGGGGAGUACCAGAAGGCCUCCGUGAUGUCGAGCAUCAACGGCAACGGCGCCACCCAUGUCUUCACUAAGGAUGAGGACUUCUAAGGGUUUGCCGUGGUCCUGCCGCAUCCUAGCAAAUAACUUCCUUUUUCUUUUCCUUUUUUCUUUACCUCUUUUUUUUUUUUUUGAGUUCCUUUAAUUCAGUUCUAUUAAUAUUGUAUUAUAUAUAUAUAAAAAAUCACAGUUUAGUAUUAAUCAUUCCAUUGAUC